AUGCUGCUGGAGCCGCUGGAGCCGCCAGAGCUGGCGCUGCUGCUGACACACCUGGAACACCGCGGGUUCGCCCGGCUGAGACUCGGUGACAUUCGCUCCUUCGCGCGCUCCGCGGGCACCGAGAGCUCUCCCUCUCUCCGCCGCUUGGUGGCGCUGUCCAAUGGAAUUUCCCGCUGGGUGCAGCUGCGCGUCCUGCGCCCCCUGGCGGCCCCGCAGCGCGCGGCGGCGCUGGGGCAGUGCCUGCACCUGGCACAGAGCCUCCUGGAGCUCCGCAAUUUCAAUUCCCUCCUGGCCGUGGUCGGGGGGCUCGGCCACGGCUCCAUCGCGCGGCUGCGCCGGACCCUGGUGCUGCUGACCCCCCCCCUAAUCCAGGACCACGCAGAGCCCCACCCCCACAUCCCGCUGGACUCCGAGGUCACCCAGGGCCUGAAGGACCACCAGGACCCCGGCCCCUGGCAGCCCUCCGAGGACCCCCAAGAGCCCAAGGUCACCCAGAGCCCCUCGGCCCCGCUGGAGGCCAAGGGCAACGAAGACCCCGCGGCGCGUUCGGACCCGAGGCUCCACCAAGCCCCGGUGGCCACGCGAGCCCCCCAGGACCACCCGGGCAGCCGGGCCGAGCGAGCCCCCCAGGACCCCGCAGAGCCCAAGGUCAAGCGCGGCCCGAGGGUCCCUCGGGACCCCAAGGGAGGCUCCGAGCGCCACCGACCCCGCGAGCCCAGCUGGGCCAGUGCAGCGCCCCGCCCGUGUGCCCGGGUCCCCUCGGGUGCCCACCUGGGCCUGGUGCUGAUGACUUUGGGCUCUCUCCUGCUGCCGUGCGCCCGGGGCUCGGCGCUCGAGUUCGGGGGAGCCCCGGGGCAAUGGGCGCGCUACGGGCGGUGGGCACCGGGCACGGGGGGCCAGCUCAGCUUCCGCCUCAAGACCAACGUGACGCGGGCGCUGCUGCUCUACCUGGACGACGGCGGCAACUGUGACUUCCUGGAGCUGCUGGUGGCCGAGGGGCGCUUGAGGCUGCGCUUCGCCAUCGCCUGCGCCGAGCCCGCCACGCUGGAGCCGCCGGCUCCCGUCAGCGACGGCCGCUGGCACUCGGUGCUGCUGAGCCGGCACGCCCGGCACGCCGCGCUGGCCGUGGACGGCGAGGCUCGGGCGGCCGCCGUGCGCUCCAAGAGGCCCGAGAUGGCCGUGGCCAGCGACCUGUUCGUCGGGGGGAUCCCGCCCGACGUGCGGCUGUCGGCGCUGACGCUCAGCACCGUCAAGUACGAGCCGCCGUUCCGCGGGUGGGUGGCCGACCUGAGGGUGGGAGACGCUCCGGCCGCGCUGCUGGGAGCGCAGGGGGUCCGGGGGGACGGGGACGAGCGCUGCGCCCACCACCCACCCUGCGCCCACGGCGGCCGCUGCACCCUGCGCCGUGGGGAGCCCCGCUGCGACUGCGCCGGCACCGGCCACCGCGGGCCCUUCUGCGAGGAAGGUGAGGGAGAAGAGGGGGUCACGGGGCUGGGCUGGGCGCGGGGUGGGCUCGGGAGGGUCAGCUCGUCGUGGUUGUCCUCGUCCCCUCGUGGCCGUGCCGAGUACGUGGCCACGUUCCGGGGCUCGGAGUUUUUCUGCUAUGACGUGUCGCGCUCUCCGGUGCAGAGCAGCGCCGAUGAGUUGGCUCUGGCGUUCCGCACUCGGCAGCGUCACGGGCUCCUGCUGCACACCGGCCGCGCCGCCGAUUUCCUCAACCUGUCCCUCAAGGCCGGGGCCGUGUGGCUCGUGAUCAACCUGGGAGCCGGAGCCUUCGAGGCGCUGGUGGAGCCGGUCAAUGGCAAAUUCCACGACGGAGGCUGGCACCACGUGCGCGUGACGCGCAACCUGCGGCAGAACUUCAUGGGCUGCCUCAAGGACGUGGUUUACAAGAACAACGACUUCAAGCUGGAGCUGUCGCGGCUGGCGCAGGAAGGGGACGCGCGGGUGACGCUGCACGGGGCGCUUCUCUUCCACUGCGACCCCCCCCCCGCGCUGGACCCCGUCACCUUCGCCACCCCCCAGGCUCACCUGGCGCUGCCCACCUGGCGCCCGGCCCGCGCGGGCUCCGUGUCCUUCGAUUUCCGCACCACGGAGCCCAACGGGGUCCUGCUCUUCGGGCAGGGACCCCCCCGCGACCCCCCGGCCGCCCCUCCCCGGGGGCCCCCCCCGCCGCCCCCCGAUUUCCUGGCGCUGGAGCUGCUGGACGGGCACCUGUACCUGCUGCUGGGCAUGGGCGCGGCCGGGCUGCGGCUCCGCGCCAGCGCCCGGAAGGUGACGGAUGGGGAGUGGUGCCACGUGGACGUGCAGCGCGACGGCAGGAAAGGCUCGGUGUCCGUCAACAGCCGCAGCACGCCCUUCUUGGCCAGCGGUGACCGCGACGUUCUGGACGUGGGGGCCGAGCUGUACCUGGGGGGGCUCCCCGAGGGUCGCCCCGGGCCCCCCGCGCCCCCCGAGCUCUGGGCCGCGGGGCUGCGCCUCGGCUUCGUGGGCUGCGUGCGGGACCUGUUCGUGGACGGGCGGAGCCGCGACGUGCGGGCGCUUUUGGGGGCCGGGGGCUCCGGGGGGACCCCGGGGGUCGCCCCGCUGUGUGCGAGGGACCCCCCCCGGCUGUGCGCCAGCGCUCCGUGUCGCAACGGGGGGACGUGUCGCGAGGGGUGGAACCGCUUCGUGUGCGACUGUCGCGGCACCGGGUACCUGGGGCCGCGCUGCGAGACAGAGGCGGCCGUGCUGAGCUAUGACGGCAGCAUGUACCUGAAGGUGCAGGUGCCGGGGGAGCAGACCGAGGCCGAGGACGUGUCCUUGCGUUUUAUGUCCCCCCGAGCCUUCGGCCUCGUCCUCGCCACCACCUCGCGCCACUCGGCCGACACCCUGCGCCUCGAGCUGGACGGGGGGCGCAUGAAGCUCACCCUCAACCUGGACUGUGUCCGCGUGGGCUGUCACCCCAGCAAAGGCCCCGAGACGCUUUUUGCGGGGCAGCGCCUGGAUGACAACGAGUGGCACUCGGUGCGGGUGGCCCGGCGCGGCCGCAGCCUCCAGCUCGCCGUCGACAACGUCACCGUCGAAGGGCAGCUGUCGGGCUCUCACACCCGCCUGGAAUUCCACAACAUCGAGACCGGCAUCGUCACCGAGCGCCGCUUCCUGGCCGUGGUCCCGUCCAACUUCCUGGGCCACCUGAGCGGGCUCGUGUUCAAUGGGCUGCCCUACCUGGACCUGUGUCGCGACGGUGACAUCAGCACGUGCGAGCUCAACGCGCGUUUCGGCCGCCGAGCCAUCGUGGCCGACCCGGUGGCUUUCGGUGGCCGCGGCUCCUACGUGGCCCUGGCCACCCUCCAGGCCUUCGCCUCCUUCCACCUCUUCUUCCAGUUCAAAACCACGGCCCCCGACGGCCUCAUCCUCUUCAACGGCGGCAGCGGCUCCGAUUUCCUGGUGGUGGAGUUGGUUAAAGGGUACAUCCACUACGUGUUCGACCUGGGCGAGGGCCCCUCGCUCAUGAAGGGCAACUCGGAGCAGCCGCUGCACGACGGGCGCUGGCACGAGGUGGCCGUGGCACGAGAGGGGGGGGCCCUGCACGGGCUGAGAGUGGACGGGAGACCCGUGACCCAGCACGGGCAGGGGGCCCGCGGCCUGCAGCUCAAAGGUGAGCUGUACGUCGGGGGGGUCAGCCCGGGGCUCCUGGGCCGCCUGCCGAGGCUCGUGGCCUCCCGGGGAGGCUUCCGGGGCUGUUUGGCCUCGCUGGACCUGAACGGGCGCCUGCCCGACCUGCUGGGGGACGCCCUGAGACGAGUGGGGGACGUGAGGAGGGGCUGCGACGGUGAGACCCCCGAGACUGGGGGGGUUCGGGGGGCUGGGGACGGUGAGACCCCCGAGACUGGGGGGCCGAUGGGGGGCCGGGGGGGCCCCGGGGCGCUGGGGGUGCUGGCGCUGGGGGCGCUGGGGGUGCUGGGGGUGCUGGGGGUCUUGGUGCCCCCCGCCCGCCCCGCCCGCGUCUCCUCCAGCCUCUCCACCACCCACCACGUGCAUCACUUCCACGGGCGGCACGGCACGGCGCCCAUCGCCAUCAACCGCGCGCCCUUCCUCACCCGCGGCCACCACGGAGAUCUCCAGGGGUUCCCGGUCAAGGCUGGACUUGCUGAUUUCCCACAGCUCCACGUUCAGGGGGCCGUGGGGGUCCUGUUCAACGUGGGCACCGAGGACAUCGCGCUGGAGGAGCGGGGGGCGGCCGUCAGUGACGGGCGAUUCCACGUCGUCCGCUUCACUCGCAGCGGCGGCAACGCCACGCUCCAGGUGGACGGCGGCCCCCUGCACGAGAGAUACCCGCCAGGCCGGCAGCUGACCAUCUUCAACAGCCAGGCGCGGGUUCGGGUGGGGGGCCGGGACCGCGGCCGCCCCUUCCAGGGGCAGCUCUCGGGGCUCUACUACAACGGGCUGAAGCUGCUGGCGCUGGCGGCCGAGGGACACCCCCGCGUGCGCCUCGAGGGGGACCUGCGGCUCGUGGGGGACCCCCCCCCGCCCCCCGCGCCCCCCGGCGCCACCCCCGCGCCCCCCGACAUGGCCACCACCAUCAUGGAGACCACCACCACCAUGGCCACGACCACCACCCGCCGCGGGCGCUCGCCCACGCUGCGCGACACCGUCGCACAGAACACGGACGAUCUGCUGGUGGCCUCGGCCGAGUGUCCGAGCGAUGACGAGGACCUGGAGGAGUGUGAGCCGGGCACAGCGGCUCCGCCUCUUCCUGCGCCGCCCCCGGGACCCCCCGAAUCCGCCGGGACCCCCCAAAACCUCCCCCCGGGGCUGAUCCCGGCCCUCCCCUCCGCCAGGGGGCGCCGCGCCCUCUCCCGGCCCCGCCCUCGCUGUGACGUCACAACGAAGGCCACGCCCCCCUCCUCCCACCCGCGGCGCUUCCGCCCCGCGCGCGGGAACGGCGCGAGGAGCGCGCGGAGCCGUGACCCCACGGUGACCCCACGGUGA